ACAAGUUGUGAAAAUACUCAAAUCAGCUUAUAAAACUGAGCAUGAGCCGAUACCUGCCUCAAAACGAUACAUCAACAUCAUCUUCAACAUCAUCAUCUUCAACAUCACCAUCUUCAUCAUCAGAAGCAGCGAUGUUCUCGUGUUCUGGAUCUCUCGUCUUGGUUCUGCUGGUUCUCGGCUGCCUUGAGUCCUUCACAACAGCAAACAAUGCUAAAGGAGCGAGUGAAUGCUGCUUUGAGUUCCACAACAAUCCGAUCCCACUGAGGAAACUCACAGCGUACGAGGAAACCCGGGCCGACUGUCCGUUCCUGAGUGUGAUUUUCACUACACAGAAGAACCUCCGUGUGUGCGCCGACCUGAAGGUGCAGUGGGUGAAGAGAUCCCUGGAACUGCUGAAAAAGAAGCAAUCUCGGCCCAGGGCUUAAAUUCUUCUAAACUAUGAAAGUAAAACGUGUUCUAAUAUAAAGCAUUUUUAA